UUUCUGCCAUCAGUCUGGAGGAGACACAGAACUACUUACACUAAAUCGGCAUUUUUGUUCCUUUGUGUCACUUUAAACAAUGGCAGCAAAAAGAGGAAAUUUCGUAGGAUUUAGAAGAAACUCAAAGCUUGCCAAUAUGCGAACAUUUCUCACCAUUGCACAUACGAAGCAUGGAUUGAUGUAGCCUGUAAUAAUCAGUGGACACUUCCAGAAGUUAAAUGUUAGUUAUACCACUGAUGGAAGACCUUUAAAUGUUAUGCUUCUUUUUUUGAGGUCCCUUCCUCUCAUUUCAAAGACAUCUCCCAUUCACUUCAGAAAUUUUUUUAAAAUGCCUGAAACUUCUCUACUGAGUGUUCCCUCCUCAAACCACAGUGCAACCAAGAGCAACUCAACUAUUUGCCUGGACUUGAAUGACUUGUGGGAAAUAGUGUAUUAUAUAGUACCCAAAUAUAUCAAGACUAUUAUUGGAAUGCUUGGAAAUGCAUUUGUUCUAUUCACUUAUUCACUGCACAAGGGUCCCCUGAAGAUAGAUGAAAUCUACCUUAUGAACCUAGCUGCUGCUGAUUUUAUCUUCCUCCCAUGUCUCCCUUUCUGGGCAGAAAACAUCAGGAAUUAAUUUAACUGGCCAUUUGGCAGUUUCCUUUGCUGCAGCACCAACACAUCCAUCAGCCUGAACAUGUACCCCAGCAUCUACUUGCUGGUGGCAGUCAGUGUGGAUCGCUAUUUGACUUUUGUUCACACCUUGGACAACAGAGCGAUACAGAGCAAAACUACAGCCAAAGGGAUCUGCUUGCUUGCCUGGUUCUUUGGCAGCCUUCUCAGCAUCCCAACCUUUAUGUUUCCGACUGAACACUUUCCCCUGUGGAAUAUUUCAGCAUGCACUUUAGACUUCCCUGCCCCAUUGUGGGUAACAACUGAAAGGCUCAUAUUCAACAUAGUGGGGUCUGUGUUGACAUCUACAGCAGUUAUCUCCUUUAAUUUCUCUACCAUACACUUCCUUAAAAAAAAGGCAAGGGAACGCAGAGCACUCGGAACAAAGAGUUGCAAGGAGAACAAAGGCACAAAGGUUACCAGGCUGAUCUUCACAAUGGUACUGAUGUUUCUUCUGUGCUGGACUCCUUACCAUUUUUUUGUAUUCCUUGAUACAUUAUACCAGACAGAAGUGCUCAAAGGGUGAUUCUGGGGGAAACUGCUCAACUUUGGUGAGCAGUUUGGUUACACCCUGGCUAUCACCAACAGCUGAAUUAACCCUGUGAUUUAUGUCUUUGCUGGGAAAUACUUCAGGCAAAAGGCGUCAGUUUUUUCACAGUUUAUUCCUUGUGGAUUUCCUUUGAGUUUGGUAUCAUUAAAGUCUUCAUAUUUCAACAUGUUUCCAAUCAGGCGUAAUUUAACCUAAUGGUUGUCAGUUUCAUUUUCAUUUUGCUAUUACAACUUAUUUCAAGUGGGAUUAAAAAUUAUUAUGAAUUGCACUGGUCUUGCAUUUACAGAGUAAGCUAAUUAUUUAUUAAAGUAAAUCACUUGGCUGCUUAUUUGUCCUCAGUUUGAUUUUCUUUUUCUAUGAUGUCCAUCCAAAUGUAUAACAAUAUAUAAUUGGAAUUUUAUACCAAAUGAUCUGUCAUCAGCUUUCAGUGACCUGAAAAAAAACCUCUUUGACAGACAUCAGAACUCUCGUUUCUUUACAGAAAGCCAUAAGCUGGCUAAACUUUUACUGCAUUGAUCUGUGAUGACAAAUACAAUCCCACCGCUAAUGUUAUACAUAAAAUUAUAAUGUGCAUUAAAUAGAACAUAUGAGUUUAACCUUCAGCUGAUAGCUGCAUUUGAGCAAUUAUAGAAUAGCUUCAAUUAUUUUUAACAAUUUUUUAAGAAGCUU